CGGGGCUGCGGCCGAGGAGGCGCGUCCCAACGGUUCCCGCGGCUCUUCGAACUCGCUUGGGUUCGCUUGUUCUCCUUUUGGUGUGUUUGAGGCUUCCACGCCGUGGCCCGGGAGAGGGUCCGAGGCCUCCUAGCGCAGACGUGUCGCGCGGCCCUGCGGUGGGCCUGUCCCCAGCUGCGACUUGGGUGGGGACUAGAGAUGCUGACUAGAUAAAGCAGGAUGGAAACCUGAUCAUUGAAUUUUGUUGGGGAAGUUUGAACAGAAACAUUUGUGGAAACAAAGAGGAAGGAGGAUAAAAACAGUUUGUCUGCUAAGAUUACAGAGAAUAUUUAAUUUCCUGCCCCAACUUUUUCCAAUAAGAUUUCACAACAUUCGAAAUAGAAAAAUAAUGAAUUCCAUUACUGUGAGAACCUUUUGACUGACACCACGGAAUCUUUCAGGCAAGGUACAAGAAUUUUUUUUUUUUAAGAAAUGGCAUCUAGUUCAUCAGACUACUGUAAUAAAGACAAUGAAGAAGAAAGUUUGCUUGCAAAUGUUGCUUCCUUAAGACAUGAACUGAAGAUAACAGAAUGGAGUUUGCAGAAUUUAGGGGAAGAAUUAUCCAGUGUUAGUCCAAGUGAAAAUUCUGAUUAUACCUCUAAUCCCUCAAGGACCGAAAGGCUCAUUUUGGAAGAUCUUGUUCAGCCUAGCCACCCAGGACUUUCGAACUACUCAUCUUAUAAAAAACUUUGUAAAAUGUCUGGUAGUAGUACUGAAUUUCAAAAAAGUGCAAGAGAUAAGAUGUCUUUUUCAUCUCCUGUGGAUCAAGAAAUUAAAAGUCUUCGAGAGAAACUUAAUAAACUUAGGCAACAAAAUGCUUGUUUGGUCACACAGAAUCAUUCUUUAAUGACUAAAAUAGAAUCAAUCCACUUUGAAUUAACACAGUCAAAAGCAAAAAUUUCAGUGCUUGAGUCUGCUCAGCAACAGGCAGCCAACAUCCCAAUAUUAGAGGAACAGAUUAUAAAUUUAGAAGCAGAAGUUAAAGCUCAAGAUAAAGUUUUGAGAGAGGCAGAAGAUAAAUUAGAGCAGAGCCAGAAAAUGGUGAUUGAAAAGGAACACAGUUUGCAAGAGUCCAAAGAGGAAUGUAUAAAGUUGAAGGUAGACUUACUUGAACAAAGUAAACAAGGAAAAAGAGCUGAACGACAAAGAAAUGAAGCACUAUAUAAUGCCGAGGAGCUGAGUAAAGCUUUCCAACAAUACAAGGAAAAAGUGGCUGAAAAAUUGGAAAAGGUUCAAACUGAAGAAGAAAUAUUAGAAAAAAAUCUAGUUAACUGUGAAAAAGAAAAUAAAAGGCUACAAGAAAAGUGUGGUCUAUAUAAAAGUGAACUUGAAAUUCUGAAGGAAAAAUUAAGGCAGUUAAAAGAAGAAAAUAACAAUGGAAAAGAAAAAUUAAGAAUCAUGGCAGUGAAGAAUUCAGAAGUCAUGGCACAAUUAACUGAAUCUAGACAAAGUGUUCUGAAGCUAGAAAGUGAGUUAGAAGACAAAGAAGAAAUACUGAGAGAAAAAUUUUCUCUGAUGAAUGAAAACCGAGAAUUAAAGGUUCGUGUUGCAGCACAGAAUGAGAGACUAGAUUUAUGUCAGCAGGAAAUUGAAAGUUCAAGGGUAGAACUGAGAAGCUUGGGAAAAAUGAUAUCCCAUUUGCCAUUAAAAAGAGAAAUACUUGGUUUUAAAUCAUCCAUUUCUAAGCACCAGAUGAGUAGUUUGUCAAACAAAGAAGACAAUUGCAUUGGCUGCUGUGAGGCAAAUAAAUUGGUGAUUUCAGAAUUGAGGAUUAAGCUUGCAAUAAAAGAGGCGGAGAUUCAAAAGCUUCAUGCAAAUCUGACUGCAAACCAGUUAUCUCAGAACAUUAUUUGUAAGAAUAGCCAAGAAAGUGGCAAGUUGACUACUUUAGAAACAGAACCUGUAAAACUAGGUGGUAAUCAAGCUGAAAUUAUAAAAGACCGCAAUCAACAGACUAUGAACAAGCAAUAUGAAAGAGAGAGGCAAAGACUUGCUACUGGAAUAGAAGAAUUACAUACUAAGCUGAUGCAAAUAGAAGCUGAGAAUUCUGAUCUGAAGGUUAACAUGGCUCACAGAACUAGUCAAUUUCAACUGAUUCAAGAGGAGCUUCUAGAGAAAGCUUCAAACUCUACCAAACUAGAAAGUGAAAUGACAAAGAAAUGCUCUCAGCUUUUAACUCUAGAGAAACAGUUAGAAGAAAAAAUAGUUGCUUAUUCAUCAGCUGCUGCAAAAAAUGCAGAACUUGAACAGGAACUUAUGGAAAAGAAUGAAAAGAUAAGGAGUCUAGAAACCAAUAUCAAUACAGAGCAUGAGAAAAUUUGCUUAGCCUUUGAAAAAGCAAAGAAAAUUCAUCUUGAACAACAUAAAGAAAUGGAAAAACAGAUUGAAAGACUUGAAGCUCAACUAGAGAAAAAAGACCAACAAUUUAAAGAACAAGAAAAGACUAUGUCGAUGUUGCAACAAGAUAUAUUAUGUAAACAGCAUCAUCUUGAAUCAUUAGAUAGACUCUUGACGGAAAGCAAAGGGGAAAUGGAAAAGGAAAAUAUGAAGAAAGAUGAAGCUUUGAAAGCAUUACAGAAUCAAGUAUCUGAAGAAACAAUCAAGGUUAGACAACUAGAUUCAGCAUUAGAAAUUUGUAAGGAAGAGCUUGCCCUGCAUUUGAAUCAAUUGGAAGGAAAUAAGGAAAAGUUUGAAAAACAGCUGAAGAAGAAAUCUGAAGAGGUAUACUGUUUGCAGAAAGAGCUAAAGAUAAAAAAUCACAGUCUUCAAGAGACCACUGAGCAAAAUGUUAUUCUACAGCAUACUCUUCAGCAACAGCAGCAAAUGUUACAGCAAGAGACAAUUAGAAAUGGAGAGCUAGAAGAUAUUCAGACUAAACUUGAAAAACAGGUAUCAAAGCUGGAACAAGAACUUCAAAAACAAAGGGAAAGUUCAGCUGAAAAGUUGAGAAAAAUGGAGGAAAAAUGUGAAACAGCUGCUCAUGAUGCAGAUUUGAAAAGGCAGAAAGUUAUUGAGCUUACUGGUACUUCCAGGCAAGUAAAGCUUGAGAUGGAUCAGUACAAAGAAGAACUGUCUAAAAUGGAAAAAGAAAUAAUGCACCUAAAACGAGAUGGAGAAAAUAAAGCCAUACAUCUCUCUCAAUUAGAUAUGAUCUUAGAUCAGACAAAGAUAGAACUAGAAAGGAAAACAAGUGCUGUGAAGGAGUUAGAGAAGUUACAACACCACACAGAGACUGAACUAACAGAAACUUUGCAGAAACGGGAAGCACUGGAGACUGAACUACACAAUGCUCAUGGAGAAUUAAAAAGUACUCUAAGACAACUGCAGGAAUUGAGAGAUGUACUACAGAAAGCUCAGUUAUCGUUGGAGGAAAAAUAUACUACCAUAAAGGAUCUCACAGCGGAACUUAGAGACUGUAAGAUGGAGAUUGAAGACAAAAAGCAAGAACUCCUUGAAAUGGAUCAGGCACUUAAGGAGAGAAAUUGGGAGCUAAAGCAAAGAGCAGCUCAGGUUACCCAUUUGGAUAUGACUAUUCGAGAACACAGAGGAGAAAUGGAACAAAAAAUAAUUAAAUUAGAGGGUAAUCUGCAGAAAUCGGAGUUGGAACUUAAAGGUUGCAACAAACAGAUAGAAAAUUUAAAUGAAAAAUUGCAGAAUGCCAAAGAACAGCUUCGAGAGAAAGAGUUCGUAAUGCUACAAAAUGAACAGGAGAUAAGUCAACUGAAAAAGGAAACUGAAAGAACAAAUCAAAGAUUGAAAGAAAUGGAGAGUGUUAUGAAAGAUCAGGAACAGUAUAUUGCAACUCAGUACAAGGAGAGCAUAGAUUUGGGGCAAGAAUUGAGGCUGACUCAGGAGCAGAUGCAAACCUCUCAAACAGAAUUGGUGGAGGCUCGUCGUCAACAAGUCCAAGCACAGAGAGAAAUAGAAAGGCUCUCCAGUGAACUAGAAGAUAUAAAGCAAAUCUCUAAAGAGAAAGAAGCACAUGAAAUUCACUUAGUUGAAGAAUUGGGGGCUUCUCAAGUACGUGAAGCUCAUUUAGAAGCGAGAAUGCAAGCAGAAAUCAAGAAAUUGUCAGCAGAAGUAGAAUCCCUCAAAGAAGCUUAUCAUUUGGAGAUGAUUUCACAUCAGGAGAACCAUACAAAGUGGAAAAUAUCUGCUGACUCUCAAAAGACUUCUGUUCAGCAGCUAAAUGAACAAUUAGAGAAGGCAAAACUGGAAUUAGAAGAAGCUCAGGACACUGUGAGCAAUUUACAUCAACAAGUUCAAGAUAGGAAUGAAGUAAUUGAAGCUGCAAAUGAAGCAUUACUUAUUAAAGAAUCAGAAUUAACCAGAUUACAAGCCAGAGUUUCUGGACAUGAAAAGGCAGAAGACAUCAAGUUUCUACCAGCUCCCUUUACACCUCUACCAGAAAUUAUGCCUGAUAGUCAAGAUCCAAAGUUUACUAAACAUUCUCACACAUCUGUUUUCAAGUGCAGAAAACUACGUCGCUCUAUUAGUGCCAGUGAUCUUAGUUUCAAAUCUCAUGGUAAUGAAGAUCUUUCUGAAGAAUUACUACAGGACUUAAAGAAAAUGCAAUUAGAACAGCCUUCAACAUUAGAAGAAAGCCAUAAGGAACUGACUUAUACCCAGUCAGACUCAUUUAAAUCUCACACAUAUACCAUAGAGGAUGAUAGUUCUGAGAGUAAUGAUUUUACUACUCUUAGUGGGAUGCUGAGAUACAUAAACAAAGAAGUGAGACUAUUAAAAAAAUCUUCUAUGCAAACAGGUGCUGGUUUAACUCAGGGAGAAAACUUGUAAUUAAAAGAAGAUGUCCUGAUGAAAAAAGUGGAAUUAUUGGUACUGUGCUGUGUUUACUUAUUAUAUGUAGCUCAUAUUGCAUAGAAGCUGUUAUUUAUUGCUUUUGAAUAAAUUUUAUAUUUUAAUUUUUUAAAGAAAUCCCUUUCUUUUAAAAGUUAAUUACAUUUUUAGAGAAAAUUAACCCUUUUUUUUGUUUAAACUUACUGCUUUCUUUGUCUUUGUUUAUUAUGCAAAGAUCAUUGUUAAAAUAUGUAAUACUUAUUUACAUUUUUAAUCAUACUGCUAUAUUAUUUGCUAUUUUUCUAGUAAUACUUAAUUUUUAAGUUAAUAUGAAUUUAAAAGUCAUUCUGUGACAGGUUCAUAAUUAUAUAAUAAUGGGUAACUUGUGUAGUGUUUACUAUUUAUCAGAUAUUAUUCUAGGCACUUUAUACUUAAACUCAUUUAAACCUCAUAACAACUUAUGAAAUAGAUUAUUAUUUUAGUUUUAUAGGUAGAAUUGUUUAACAUAAUGAUAGAAGUUAAUAUGUUCUAAAGAAACUAAUUUAAGUAUCAAGAGAUGAGCUUUGGGCUAAUGACUUUAUAUAUACAUGGUUAGUUAGCUCUGUGAUAGAAUAAAAAUAGUGCAGCACAAGUAAGGUGAGAUGUUUAAGCCUUCAUAUUUAAAAAUUUCUCAAGAGUCUUGAUGUCUUUAUACCAGAUAUUGAAUUUAUAAAUGAAUAUAAAUGUAUCCUUAAAAAGUUGUAUGGGAUUAAUAUUUUCGAAGAGUUAGACAUUAAAACCAUUAAUAUAUUGAUAUUACUAUUUUAACAACACUAAUUUUAAAUUUGUAAUUAUUUGUCAGGAAUAGAAUAAAGUUUUAUCUUCUUGUUGCUAUUUACUAGUGUAUUGAUCCAAAGAGUCACUUGCUGAUUCAGUGUUCUCUUCUAGCACUCUUAUUUCCCUGUCUUUCUACCAUGUGCCUUGUCACUUCUUACUCCAGGACUACUUAGUGUUAAUUAAUAGCGUCACAAUGUAUAUCUGAUACCUUUAUAAAUUUGUAGUUUCCACUCUAAGUUGGACUCUUAAUUCUUGAAAAACAUGUACCUUCAGGGUUCAGCUUUUUCUUCCAUCCCAUCUCCAAGGGCUUAUUUACUUUCAGCUUCUUUCUCUGACUUCUUUCAUAUACUUUAGCCCCAUCCCUUUGGCUCCUUCUGUUCAUAUAAACAUGUUUAAAUCCUUUCCCUAGCCUAAAAUAAACAAGCAAAAAAGCAAAACAAAAUAGAAUAUACUACCUACCAGUCAAAAAAAUUCUGCCUCUCUAUGUUGCAUACUCUUGUUUGGUCCUUUUCACAUUCCACUUGAUAGUUGCCUCUCUUAUUUAUCACCAUUUUUUAAUUUAUCACCAUAUUUUUGUAGAAGAAAAAAACAGAUACAAAAAGAUUUAUCUUCUCAUGGUCAUAUAGCUUAUAACAUCUAAAAUUUGAACCAAAUAUAUUUGCCUUUAACUUCUCUGAACAUCAUUCUCAGUAUUUAAGUAUCUCAGUAUCUUUGUCUGCCUGACUCUAAAAUACUGGGAUCCUUUGGUUUCUACCUGUACCUCCCUUCUUACGGUACAUGUCCUUCCUAGAUAAUCUCAUCCAGUUCUGUUGCUUCAAUAAAAAUCUUUAUAGUAAUAACUCCCAGAUCUAUGUCUCCAUCUUUGCCUUACAACAGAUCUUACUUUUUGCUGUUAACCCAACAAUUCCCUGGAUAUCCUAUAGUUGUAGUUGUUUUGUUUUUGUCCUUGGAGGAUUGGGUGGCGGUACUGGAGAUUGAACCCAUGUUCUUGUGCAUGCUAAGCAUGUGUUCUAACACUGCACUAUACCCUCAAAUCCCUGUAGUUAUUUUUUUAAGAAGAAAAAUUUAAAUUUGAUUUUCCUCAAUUUGCUUUUUUCUGCUUUUUUAAAUUUCCAUUUUGGUUUGCUUAUUUUGUAUCAUUUUUCACCCAUUCUUGCCAUCAAAGAUCAUUCUUUUCCCUUUUUGCAAAAUGUAGAAAAACUACUGUGGUUCAGCCAUCCAUACCUGUGGCUAUAUCAGGGGCUUGUUAUCAUGUCCUUCAUCUCUCAAAUCAGCAUUCCCAUUCAUUAUUUGACAACUUCAUAUUCUUUCAGUUUUCUUACUCCCUAACCCCUGUUAAUGUUUUUCCAGAUUAUUAAUAAUUAUUUUCAUUUACUAUUUUUCUCCAAUAAAGAAUCCCAGUAUAGAAGUACUUUAUGAAUUAUUUAAGAAUAUACACUUUGAAUAGAUAAACUUAGGUUUCUAACCAUGAUGAAAUAAUUGGUAAUAGUCUUGCCCUCAUGCCCUACAUAAUUAAAAAACUGGACAAAAUAUGUAUGAAGCUCUUUCCAGGCAUGGAAUUGCAGGAAGCACAAGACUGUAAUCCUUGAAAGAAAGGAAAUAUUCACAGUUAGCCCCAUUAUUUGCCUAGGCUCUCAAAUUUGCCUACCCCCAGUAUUUGCCUAGACUUAUUCAUUAAAACUGUGGUAAUAUCAUGCUGAGCUAAGUAGGCAUAUAUCAAAGUUCAGUGUUGCUACAGUGGAAUUUUUUAGGCAGAAUACCAGAGAUAAGGAAUCUUUUCAGAAAGGUUAGCCAAAGACUGAGGGUUUCCCUCAACUCCUUUGCAAAGAGCAAACUCAACAUAUAAUGGAAAAAAAUUUGCAGCUUAAAAACUGGCUACUAUGUGGCUGAGUAGAAAGGAAAUUACCAGAAAUUUCAAAGUUCUGGGCAAUGUUGGAGUUCUGGCCCAGCCAUAGACACAGGUAACUUGCUGAGUACCUCAGCAUGCAGUUGAAACAUCAUAAAUGCCAAAUUUUACAAAUAAAACCAAGUCGUUGAGUUAAGGUCACACCACUGAACUAAAUCAAAGCCAAAAUAGAUUCACCCUAGUAAAGGAAAAACCCAAACCUAAAAGAAUUAAGAAGUUCUGCCAUAAUUUGAAAGAAGAUAUCCCUUGUGGACAUAGACUACAGGUCAGCCUCCUAAAUCCCUCUGGCCACAUGACCCAUUUCUGACUUGAAAAUAAAAUUGUCUUUGGCUGUUUUUGCACUAUAACUGCAGAAUUAAAUAGUCAUGACAAAGACUGUUAACCAAGUUUAAAUAAUUUACUAUUUGACUUUUUAUUGACUUACUAUUUAAGUAAAUCAAUCCCUGGUACCAAAAAAAAAAAAAAAGAAAGAAAGAAAAGAAAAUUAUAUGGCUAACAUUACACUAAAUGUUUUAAAAAUUAAUGCUUUCUCCCUUAAGAUGAGAGCAAGGUUGGGCUGGGGCUGAAGCUCAGUGGUAGAGCACUUGUCUUGCAGGUAUGAGGCCCUGAGUUCGAUCCUCAGCACCACAUAAAAAUAAAUAAAUAAAAAUAAAAUAUAUUGUGUCCAUCUAUAACUAAAAAAAUAUUUUAAAGAAAGAUGAGAACAAGUAAAGAUAUCUGCUUUCACCACUUCUCAUCAAUUAUAUGAAUAUACUAUACAAUACAAUAUGGUAAGAAAAAAAUAUAAGGGAGGCAAAUUAUAAAUGGAGAAGUAAGUAUUUAUUACUAAUUAGUUUAUUAGCAAGCUCUUAAGGUGUAGAUAGUAUGCAAAAUUAAAUAUAUUUUAAGCAGCAAACAAUUGGAAAAUAAAGAGUGUUAAGUAUUUACAACAACAUCAAAAGUGGAGUACCUAGUGAAAAAAAAAAAAGAAGACUUAUACAGUAAAAAUUUAUUGCCAAGACAAGUUAGAAGUGGAUGUAGGUAUGUACCAUGGUCAUGAAUGGAUAGGUGCUUCCAAAUUGAUCUGUAGAUUAAUGCAAACCCAAACAAAAAUCCCAGUAAGUUUUCCCUUUUUUAAUUAAAGAAAUCAACAGUCUUAACUCUAAAAUUUAAUUGGAAAUGUCAAGGACCUAGAGGAGACAAAAUAAUCUUGAAAAAGAAUAAAAUUGGAAGACUUGCAUGAUAUGAUUUCAAUAAUUAUUACUACGUUACAAUAUUAACAGAACCAAAAGGAUAGUUCAUAUAUAUGUAAUAGAACAGAGUGGACUACAUAUUUUAUCACAUAUAUAAUUUAAAGUAUAUUCACAUAUACAGUCUGUUAAAAUAUAUAGUUAUUUUAUUGAUUUUUAAUUAGGGGUGAAAGCUAUUCAGUGUUGAAAAGAAAGUCUUUAGCAAAUGAUAAUGGUACAAUAGGGAAAAAAGAACUUCAAUCAGUCCCCUCCUCAUAUUACAUAUAAAAAUUAGGUCAGAAUGGAUCAUAGACAUAAAUAUAAAUACUAAAACUAUAAAGCCUACGAAAGAAAUAUGAGAAUAAUUUCAUGAACUUAGGAUAAAGAGACAUAUCUUAGGACCUAAAAAGCACUAACUAUACUAACUAUAAAAGAAAAAGUUAAGGGGCUGAAGGUAUAGCUCUGAUAGUACAUUUUUCUAGUAUGCAUAAGGCCAUGAGCCCAAACCCCAGAACUGCAAAAGAAAAGUAAGGAAGGAAAGAAAAGAAAAAGUCAAUAAGUUGGACUUGAUCAGUAUUCAAAACUGUGCUCAUCAGAACUCACCAUUAAGAAAAGAAAAAAAAGAUAAUGAAAUGAGUGCUAUUAAUAUAUAUAUGACAGAAGUUAUAAGUGAAAAUUCAGAGUUCACUUUAAAUCAAUAUAAAAAGACAAAUGCCCUAAUUUUAAAACAGGGAAAACACUGAAACACUUUCCAGAAUGGAUGGGAAUGGUCAUAUACACAUUUAAAAGUAUCCAACUUCUUCAGUCAUCAAGGAAUUACAAAUUAAAAGCACAAAGAAAUACCUACGAGAAGAGCUAAUAUUAAAAAGAUUGGCAACACCAAAUGAUGUAAAACAUCUGCAACCACCUGGAAAGUUGUUUGGAAUUUCCUUUCAAUACUGUACAUGCAUCUACUGUUUAACCCAGUUUAUUUCUACUCUUAGGUAUUUAACCAAGAGAAAUAAAAAUAUAUAUAUCCACCAAAAAAAGAACAUUAAUGUUUAUAGUAUCUUUUUUCAUCCAUAGCCAAAAAUUGGAAGCAACUCAGAUGUCUAUCAGUACAAGAAUGAAUAAGUAUCUUGGUAUAUUCAGACAACUAAAUACUGUAAAAACAAUGAACUGUUAAUAUCCAGUAACAUGGAUAAAUCUCAAAGACAUAUUGAAAGAAAAAAAUCUACACACAAAAGUAAAUAGUACAAGAUUCCAUUUAUUUGAAUUUCAAGAAUAAACAGAUCUAUGAUAAUAGAUAUCAGAACAGUGAUCGCCUCUGCAGGAAGAAUUUAAUGGAAAGAAGCAGAAGUAAACUUUCAAUAGCUGAAUUCUACCUCAAUAAAAAAUUUAGAAAUUUAAACAUAAGAAAUGGACUUUACAGUCACACAGAGGUGGAUUUGAUCCUGUUUUUCUUUUAUAAGCUAUAUGGCCUUGAGCAAUAAUUAACUAAAUUUAAGACGCUUUAAAUGUAAAAUAAAAUUAAUACCUACUUUAGAAGCAUCUAAUCCUUAUCAGGAUUAAAUAAGGUGAAAAAUGUGAAAUACUAGUAUGCUAUCUGAAUAGACUAAAUACUCAAUAGAUAGUAGUUGUUAUCAUUGAGGCAGUGUAAUCCUGUGGUCAAGAAUAUGGUCUCUGGAACCAGAUUAAUUCUGACCAGUUUUGAACCCAGCUGGAUUUCUAAUUUGCUGUAUCACUUUGGGCAAAUUACUUAAUCUCUGUGCCUUUAUUUACUCAAGUGUAAAACAGAAUAAUGGUACCUACCUCAAUAAUUAUGAAUAUUCAACAAGUCAGUAUACUCUUAGCCCUUUGAAUAAUACCUGACACAUAAUAAAUGUUAACUGGUAGCAUCUAUUAUUAUUGAUUUCUUAUUAGCCUAGUUAUAAUAAUGGCCUGCGACUUCAAAUCAUUCCCUUUCCAUUAUCCUAAGAUUUCUAGUUCUUUAGUUACACAGGAAACUACCAAACUCUUUAACUGUCCUACUUUUUUUAAGGUAUUGUAUAUUGCUAAAGAAAAGCAUACAACCAUGCUGUGGUGAAGACUACUCAUUUUUUUUACAAAUAUCAGUUCUUCUUUUCAUAAUAAUAAUAAUAACAGAGUUUUAGCUGGGCCCAUUCCUAGAUAAUAACAUUUCACAGGCCCUCCAGUGACUAAGUUCUUACCAGCAGAACAAGAGCAGAAAUGAUGUGUGCCACUUCAGACCAGGACAUCAAAAUUUUAAAUAUGUGCUUCUCCAAGGUCUUUCCCUUUCCCUAGAGCUGGAAUUGCCUGCAACCAAACUUCAACCAUGUGGAUGAGGAAAACACCAUAGGCGAAAAACAAAAUAAAAGGAACGUGGGUGCCUAAGUGACCUGGAAUGUGCUCCUCGGACUACUACAUAAGUGACAAAUAAACUUCUUUUUUAAGCCA